CUAUAGAAAUUAUGAUUAUCCUUAACCCAUUUGUGAUCAUGUUGACUGGAUGCUUAAAAUUUUAGUUUAGUUUGGGAGGAAUGACGUUAAAAUUGCAAUGACAGUGAUCUAAAAAUAAGGUCGUCGGCGUGGCGCAGCCGCCGGCGCGCGCUCCUCAGUCGAGGACCGACCGUCGCGAGUUUUGGACGAGCGAUCACGAGUAGAUACUCACAGCAGCCAUGGUUUACGAGAGUGACUUUUACACGACGCGCCGUCCCUACCGGCCCUCCAGCUACAGCGUGACGCCGCUGACAUCGUCGUACUACCUCUCGUCCUUUGAACCGUAUUACCAUAUCCCGUAUGUCACGUACAUACCCAGGCUGUCUCAGGCGGAACUGAUUUAUCGUCCAACGUCUCGCACGAUCACCCGACUCGCCACGUACCCUGAGCCACCCCAUCACAUCGUUCGUGUCCGCGUGCGUCCCUCCGUGAUACUGAGGGAGCUAGAUCGCAUCGCGUACCGCCGCCGUCCGGCCCUUGCUGUCACUGCCUUAGACGAUUUCUACAGAUCCGAAUCUACCAAGGCUUUCGAGGAUGAAACUCGUCGCAUCCGUGCCGACACUGCCUCGCUGUUGCAUCGUGCUCGCUCUGUUGUGCCCCGCGCAAAAUCUGUAGCUCCUUUGGAGACAAUUUACUCAUAUUCCUAUGGAGAACCAGUUCCUUAUCGAUUCAGCAAUGACGCAUACGUCGCUAAGCUUUUGUUACCUCUACGAAGUGUUACCGACAACAUUCACAACAUUUCUUUUUACUCAGAGCCAGCCAAAAAGUUCACAGGACGCGGCCACCUUGCGUGCGUGCACUAUUCCGGUAAAAAGGCGUUCCCCAACCGCAGACAACUCUACCCACUCUACAAGGAGCUUAGCAUCAGGGACGACGUGAACCUCCUUUCGUUUUACGCGAAGAAUAGACUAGCGGCCGCGGGUUUGGCCGUCGAAAAGGCCACAGUGAAGCUCCUACCCUGGAGACCGAGCCGCAAGUUCCAGACACCUACGAUGAUGGACGAUCCUGAUCUCGAGUUGAAAGCUGCCAAAGCAGAACGCGAGGCCAGGUUCCGCGCAACCACGGCAGAGCCCGUUCUCACGCCGUCCGCUGAUUUGGCUGAAAUUAAGAGGAAGCGACAAGAAGAAGCUCGUCUUGCUGAAGAGAAAGCAUUGAAACAAGAAGCAAAGCGUGAAGCUGAACGCAAAGCUCAGGCUGAACGCGAAGCGGCGGAAAGGAGGCAAGAGGAAGAAGCGCGAAGAGCUGAGGAAUUGAAACGGCAAGCCGAGGAAGAAGCUAGAAAGGCUGAAGAAGCGGCAAAGAAAGCAGCAGAAGAAGCCGCCAGGAAAGCUGAAGAAGAACGUAUUGCAGAAGAAGCCAGGUUAGCUGAAGAAGCUCGCAAAGCCGAAGAGGAAAGGCUCGCAGAGGAAGCUCGUUUAGCUGAAGAACAACGUCUCGCUGAGGAAGCCCGACUUGCUGAAGAAGCUCGACUAGCUGAAGAGGCCAGACUCGCUGAAGAAGCCAGACUAGCAGAAGAAGCAAGAUUAGCGGAAGAAGCUAGACUGGCUGAGGAAACUAGAUUAGCUGAGGCGGAGGAAGAGAGGUUAGCGGAACAAAGAAGACAGGAGGAAUUGGCAAAAUUGGAAGAACUAGAACGUCAGGCUCAAGAGGAACGUGAAGCUGAACUUGCACGACAGGCAGCUGAAUUAGCAGAGAUUGCAAGACAAGAAUCUGAACUUGCUGCUGCACGUUUGGAAGAACUUUCACACAGUGGAUCUGCAGGAGAUAAUACCGCUGAAGUUGAAUCAAGUGAGCAACCUGAGGAUGAACCCCUUGUAGAGGAACCUGAGAGCCCAGUAGCUGUUCCAGAAGAUCCAGCAGAGUCACAAGAUGCUGUAGAAGUCAGCGAAGAUGAAAUGGCAGAACCUGAUGUAACAGAUGAAGAAUAAAAUUUUAAAUCUAAGAGUUAUAUUGAUUUUGUAAUCUAACAAUUUACUACUUAAUAACAAAAUAAUUGUUUAUACUUACUGAUUUAUAAACUAUCAACAGUUGUUUUAAAAGUUAAUAUGUACAAAAGUUUUAUCAUCCAGCAUUCUGCUAUAGCUGUUCAUGUGGUACAAGUUUAGAGAAAAAUAUACUAGACAUUUCUAGUAAUGCAUUUUAAUAGAUAUACAUAUUUGUUUAUAUAAUUUAUAGACUAUUCAUCAUUCAUGAGGAUAACAUCCAAAAAAUUCAUGAAUGCUGCAAUGGUUAAAUGGUGGCAAGUCAAUAAGUUUAAAACUUUUUAAUAUCAAAUAACUUUCAUUUGCGUAAUAUAAUUACGUGAUGACGAGAGGAUUGGUUAUUUUUAUUCAGUUAUAUUGUGAAUAACUUAUCUACCACUAGUUAACAAUGUUACGUUUUUGAAGUUUAAGCUGUAAGUGUUUUAUAAUGGUACAUCUUGUUACAUUUAAUAAUAAAAGACAAUAACAAAGAA